AUAAUAAAUGUUAUGAAUCUUAUUAAGUUAUUAUCUAGAGUUCUACUAAACAAGUUCUAGACUAGAUGAUUGAUACUAGUCUAACGAUACGAUACUAUUACUAGACUAGUCGUAACUAGAGUAGAUCUAGUCUAGAUCUAGUUAAAUCUAGUACUAUUUACUAUAUUUUGUAUCUAUAGUAGUACUAGAGUAACUAGACUCUAGUAUGAGUAGUAGACUUAACUAGAUUCGGGCCAAUGGCAAUGGCAUUGAAAUUUACUUGAAAACUCUAAACCCUCACAAGAACAUCAUUUUACUUUUUUGUUUGUUGAAAAUGUUUGUGCCAUCAUUACUUAUAGAGUUGCUGAUUGUAACAUGUAUACUUCAGUUUACAAGUGGCAGAAUGUGUACAAGACUUGUUAAAAGACAGCAUGUCCAAACAGAGCUGGUUAUGACUCAGUGUACACAGUCCUAUAAAGCCAGAUGUGGAUGGUUUUCAAGUCUAAUGUGUACAUACUAUGAAUUGGUUGAAUGUCCAGUUGAACAUAAUCGGACAAUCGCAGAGUAUAUUGUUGUUGAAGAAUGUUGUCCGGGCUUUGUCUUGGACCCCAUUAACAAUGUGACCUGUAUUCGAGAAAACAACGACCAACAAGAGGAGGUAACUACAAUUCAAUCAGAAAUAGAAAGAAAUGUAUCUGAGGUGACAACAGAUUGCUCUAGUUUGGAAACUAAAAUAUCUGACAGUGAUAACUCUAAAAGUGUUGGUGGGCUGCAUUAUGAUCUAGAAGAUAAUACUAUCUUUGGAUUGUCUCAUGGGGCCUAUGCUGGGAUUGUGUGUACACUUUUGUUCUUCAUGUGUGUCAUCAUUCUGACAGCCUGGCACAUCUUUAAAAGGAAGCGUAAUGCAAGAUUAAAGGACUUCAAAAUGGAGAUGUGUGUGACAGAGAAAAUGAUGCCCCCCAAAACAUCAAAACUUUAAUGCGUGGAACAAAUGUUUUCAGUUGAUGGUAAAAAAACAACAAAAAAAACUUGUCUAUGUAGUAAGUAUGAAGUGAUUGGCGGUUUAAAACAUGUGAUUUUAUUUGUAACUGAUUUAGUGAGAACAAAAUGUGUUUUUCUUGAGAAACAGUUGAUUUAUAAAUAUGUUUUAUAAAAUGUGCAAACAUUGGCCUAGUUCUUAUACAGUUAAUAUACAUCUAGUUGUCAACACACUUGUUAUUAAAGAAUCUUUAUAUUUUUUUUUUUUAAUAAAUAAAAAUCAAACUGUUUAUCUUGUGGUUAAAAAAAAAAAAAGAGAUAAUUUUAAUUUUCUUUUGACAUUCUCCCCCCCCCCCCCCCCCCCCGCCCAUUUCUCUUUUUAUUUAGCUAUUUAAAAGUUGGUUGUUGGUCAUGAGAAAAUCUUAUCUAAUAGUGUUUUUUUCGCACUCUUGAUGUUGUUAAUAUACGACUUGGUCAAUGAAAAAUUAUUUAUUUAUUCACAGUAUUCACUACAUUUUAUGUAAAUGCUUUUUUUUUUUUUUUUUUUUUUUUUUUUUUUUUUUUUUUUUGCAAAUAGAAUUGAUAUUCAAACACUUAUGCCAAACUAAAAAAAAAAUGUUUCUGCUUGGAAGAAUGUCACUAUAAUAUUUAGGUAUACUAAACUAUUCAUACACAUCUUUUUAAAAUAGAAUAUAUAGAAUGAGAAAAAUUAUUUUUCUAUAUCAUAUAGACCUGGGUUUAUGGGUUUUACAGGCUGAGUUUUUUUUUUUCUGAUUCUUGUAGCUACUUUAAACUGUAGAUUGAUAUCAUAUUUACCUUAAAAUAAAUCAAUUCAACUGUUUCAUAAACCCUUUGUUAAUAACAUGUAUUGUACCUUAUUGUUUUGUAUGUAUUUUCUUGCAAAUUUGAAGGAUAUGACCCCUUUUGUUUAGGUCCAGUUCUGAUAGUAAACAAUAAACCUGUGGCUAAAUGUUUGUAGUUACUCUAGCAGACCAAAGUUUUCUUAUGUUAGCGAGGUCUCCACAGCUUGUCAUCUUUAAACAAAUUUUUUGCAAAUGAUAUUAACAUCAGCUCAUAAGUCUAGCUGGAAUGUCAGCCAAUUGACAAUUCACUGAAAAUUUAGCAUUUUGUCUCUUUUUUUAAAUUUUAGUGCAUUCAUUGUGUCAAGCCACUCUGGCUUUGGUUCUAAUGUCUUGUGCACUUCCAGAAUUCCUCUAUUUCUACUACAACUAACUUGUUGCUGGUCUAGUGUCAAUUUGUACAUGCAAAUUUGUUGGAAGUGUAUUGGCACCCAAAAAUCGUCAUUAUUCAAGCUCCUCCGUUUUGUUCUGCACUAACAAUUUGCUAAUGUGGCUAUGAUGCUCUGAAUGCAUUUCUUUAAAGCUGUUUGUUGACUUCGCUACAGCUUUGCAUAUAUUUUUUUUUUCCUUUUGAGUGUUAGCUCUGCACAUCUAAGUGUUUUUUAGGACCUUAGUCUCGGAGAAAAAGACAAUUUUGUCACCAAACAUCCUGUCUUGCUCUUUGAAAUUAAUUCCCGUGCCUGAACCCUAAAUGCUUUUAUGAAAGUUUUAUAAUGUGUGGAGAUUCCCAAAAAUGUCCAUUAGUUUUCACAUUAAUAUGUCUAGGCCGCAAGUAUCCUCCACUUUUUUUCAUAUGUGAAUUAAUUGCAGAUCUCUAAUGCCUCUGCCAUCACAAUGCUGAAGUAUUUCUCACUUUUGGUUUUCUGAUUUUGCAUAAAUUUCAACAUGUUUUUUUUUUCCAUUUUCUAAAAUUUUGGCCUAUAUUAGUUACCCUCAAUUCCAGCAUGAGACUUGAGCUAUGCUAAUUUUUAGUAUUUAAGUGGUGACAACUCUGUCUCUUCUAUCUCUAUUUUAGUGUUCUCUCCCUUUUGGGAUAAAUAUGUAAUAUUUCCAGAUUUCCUAGUGCACAGAUAAUGGUUAGAUAUCUCUUAAUAUGCUAUGGGCAAUAACUCUCACAUUUGUUUCACUUCUGCUGCCACCUCAUUAACUUUGGUGUCCAUACAACACUACAACACUUUGUGUGGGCUGAACAACUACAAACACUUAUCACUGGUUUAUUGGACAAUACCUGCAAUCAUAAUAAAAUGUGGUACAAAACAAUAAUACUGACUCCUGAACACCAGAGAAUAUGUGCUAGAAAAUAUUGAAAGAAUGAUGAAGAGUUUUUACUAUUUAUCCUUAUUUUUGAAAUUUUUUUUAGAAUUAUAUUAAAUGUAUAUUAGAAGAAUUAUGCCUAGACACUAAGAUUGUUACUCUUCUUCUUUACAUUUGUUUGACAUGUUUUUGUGACAAAUAAAAUGCCAGUAUUAUAUUAAUUGCAUUGUUUCCCCUUGACCAAAGUCUAUUUGCACAAUUUCCUUGGUAAACUUUGGCACAUUAAUGCUCAUCCAAGUUUUUGUACAGGCACUUUGGAGACUAUUUACACAUUUAUAUUUAACAUUACAAAGUCACUGAUAUAUAUAUAUAUAUAAAUAAAUAAAUAUAUAUAUAUAUAUAUAUAUAUAUAUAUAUAUAUAUAUAUAUAUAUAUAUAUAUAUAUAUAUAUAUAUAUAUAUAUAUAUAUUGUUUCAUGGUAGUCUUUCAUUGUGUUCAUAGUAAACCCUCUGUUGGUCUUGAUACUUUUGAUUAUCUUGCAAACAAUGUUUUCAAUACAACUUUUAUUAACAGAUUUUUUAAAGUGAUUAUCUUGUAAUAAAAGUGAGUAUAUUUAGUAGACGCCUUGGUCAGUUUUUAUAAGAUUUUGAACAUAGAAGAGUUACAAGAGUUUAUAAAAUGACUUGAUGUCAUAUAUUUUUUUUACUUUUACUUUUAUCGCAGUUUUUUUGUUUUUUCAAUAAGUAUAAGUGUUAAAAAUGUAAUUUGUUUGAAAACAUAUUUGUCCAAAUUAUAUGAGUUUUGCCUGGUUUACAUUUGUGUGUGUGUGUGUGUUUGACGUGCUUGAAUUAUGGCGAUAUGUUAACAUGAUUGUUGUGUAUUUCUUUCAAAUUACGAAGAAAUAUUUCAUACCUGGUAAUUUUUUUACUUGUUUACUAGAUUAUGGCGGCUAACCAUUAUUUGCAUUUCACUGAAAGAUGUUCACACCUCAGGUCAGUCAUUGGUUAUGAAAUGAUUUGGAAUAUGAGAUCAAAGUUCAUUAAGUGCACUAGUAAUGAAAGCAUAGGUUAGCUAAUGCAUUGGACUGAUGCAUAUAUGGGACAUACAAUUAAUGCAUAUUUUUGUAACUGUAGUAUUUAUUUGUCAAACAUUCGCUACUAGUUUAUGGACUUACAAUUAAUGCAUAUUUUUGUAACUGUAGUUUUUAUUUCUGUCAAACAUUGGCUACUAGUAUAUGGGACUUACAAUUAAUGCAUAUUUUUGUAACUGUAAUUUUUAUUUCUGUCAAACAUUGGCUACUAGUAUAUGGGACUUACAAUUAAUGCAUAUUUUUGUAACUGUAGUUUUUAUUUCUGUCAAACAUUGGCUACUAGUUAAAGAAUGGAAUGAUAGCUGACAGCUCGGUAAGCAGAGUUUUCGAGUGUCUAUUUCUUGUUAAAACUAUUAUAAGCCAAAUAAUGAAAAUGGGAUGUGUGGCUGAGUGGUAAAAACUGUUUGCUACUUAACAGUGGGGCUCAGGUUCAAAUCCCGACUCAAGCAGCGUUCUGAUUGUUGAGCGCUGAGGCAGCACGGAAACCUUCUCUCUGAUACCCCAUUUCCCCUCCCUCCCAGGUCGACAAAAGAAAUCAGACUAGAAAGAAAAGUUAUAAAUUAAUAGUCAAUUAAUAAUUAACUGUUUUUGAGUUCUGUGUCCAUCAAUCCAGUUUUUUGCUUUAUACAAAGCCUAUAUCAACGCACUCUGUCUGUCUGGUAAAAAGUAUGUUCACAUUAUUUCCCCCACACCUAUUCUCUGAUCAAGUUGAAACUUCGUAAAAUUAGUCAUUGACAUAGACAUUAAUCAAUUUUUAAAAAGUAACUGAUUAGACAAUUUAUUACUAUUGAUUUAAUUAUUUUGUUUAAUAGCAAUAAGAGAAACUAAUACUUCAGUAUUUGUAAAUAUGGCUAAACUUGUUGGGUUUAGUCCUCUUAAGUAAUUGUUAACGCUAUUUCUCCCUCAUAUAUUCUCUGAUCAAGUUGAUACUUUAUACAAUCAUUUCUUGUACCUAACAAAACAUGAAUCAAUAAACAAAAAUACUCAAUCAGUCAAUUAAUUAUUGGUUAAUAAUUUUAUUUCAUAUCAAAUAUGGGAAAUAACUUGUACAUUGGUAGAUAUAGUUUUAAGGAUGGUAGAUAUAGUUUUAUAAGCUUUGUUUUUUUUUUAAAGGGAUUUUGUGUAUUUUGCUUGUCUUAUGAACCAAUGAAGAAUUUGCAUGGAAUUGUAUAAAAACAAAGAGUGACUAAAAUGCAGUGACUUAGAUUAGCUAAUAAAUUGUAGGACUUCCUGUUUGUUUAAUCAAAACAAUUCACCACCGAUUCUAAUGGUUCAUCUAAUUAUACUCACUGUGAGUUGCGAUAAAUUUAAUAUGUCAGUUGCAAGGCAUGGACAUGUUUGAGCAUAUGACUCUCGAGUUGAAGUUAAAACUCUAUUUAUGGAAAUCAUUUAAUAGUGAAUCAUUGUGCAAACUUUAGUUGUUUUAUGCCGAAGCAACUGCCAUGACCUCAUCUAAUGUAAUACUGAAAGAAUAUUUUUGUGACUAAGCAUUUUUGAGUCUGAAAAGAUUGGUCUUGGUUAAUUUAUCAAGAAUGAGAUUAUGUUGACAUAGUUUGGUAUAUUUUGUUUUGUAAUCUUUUGCUGAGCACAAGUGGUUUGACACCGUAGUGGUAUUUUUGUUACUUUUAUGUGAUCAAUUUAACAUUAUUGAAUGAAUCACUCAUGAUUGAUUCAGAUGAUUCCCUUCGUAUAUGAAUAUUUUGUGUUGUUUUUUUUCUCCAGAUUUGUGUCUUUCUUGGUAGAUUUUAAAGCUAACUCUUGUGAUUUUUAUUUUAUUUUUUGUUCACUUAUUUUCAUUUCUAUAUGUCAGAAAUACUUUAUUGAAUAAUGCAUUGAAAAUUAUUCAUAUUUCUUGUAUGCACUUUUUUAUAUAAUGCAUUUUUUGUCUUGUCAAGAAUAAGUACAGAACUAUGUGAAAUGAAACCUAGACCUGGGAUCUGUGGCUUGAAAAGAUCUGAAGGAAAUUCCUUCAAAAUGUUUGAGUGUUGUUUUUUUAAAAUCUAUUUGAACUCAUUGUCUUAUCAGGUCAAGAAAUCCCUUCUCUGGUUUAAUUACUUUUUUUAAACACUGCAGGAAAUCAAUGUCUUAUACACAGAACUUAAAUGCGUUGUGUGUGCUCAUAAAACAGAUUUGAAAAAAAAAAGGAUUUUCCAAUUUAAAGGGAAGUAAUAAUUGCAGAAGUCAUAAAUCUGCAUUAUAUUUAUUGUUUACUUUCUAGUAGAAAACAAAAUGGUUGCAGUUGAGAGUAUGUUGGUACACGAGUAAGCAAUAUUAUAUGACUUGCCAGAUUGACUCUAUUUAAGAAUUUUCUGGUUAUAAAAUGUGCAUUUAUUUUUGUUUAAUUUGGUUGUCUUUUUCCUCCCUUCUUAUCUACAGUAGAGUUUAUUUUUAAGAUGACAUUGUAUGUACUUUUAACAAACAUUUAAUAAUAAAAUUUAUUGAUGAGCGAUAA